GGCGCUGCCUGCCCCGCGCGGCGGUGGCGGUGGAGGCGGUGUGGGUGUGGUAUGAUCGGUAGGGGAGUGGGGGGAGGAGGAGGCGGCGGCGGCGGCGGCGGUGGAGAUCGCUAGGAGUGGUGGUGGGAGGAGGAGGCGAUGAAGGCGACGCCCCCGCCGGCGAAGAGGCGGAGGGGCCCGCGGCUGGCGGUGCUGGCGCUCGUCUUCUGCUCGCUGCUCGUGCCGAUCGCCUUCCUCUUGAACCGCUUCCCUGCCGUGUAUGUGACGGAUGAACGCCCCCAGCAGGAGAUUGAUUUGCCUUCGUUUGAACGCUUGGGGUUGGAAAGGAGCGGUGUAGUAACUGGAGUGAGGCGGGAAGAUGGUAGUGGUGCCAACGCAGAGACAAAGGAUACACCUGGGAUGAUUCACAUGGACAGUAGCAGUACAAACAUACACCACCAUAGGGAUACUGAACCUUCCAAACCUUCCAAAGUUAGCGCUAAACCAAAAGUCCCCCCUCCACCAAAAAUUGAACAACUGAAGCCAGAGGCAAAGCCAGUACAAGUUCCAGUUCGACACACAGAAAAUAUUAGUGGCAAUAACAUGAAACCUGCCAGAGUUCAAAAUGCGGAUGAUGUUGAAAAGGCUAAGGCUUGUCAGCUUGAAUUUGGGAGUUACUGCCUCUGGUCCAUAGAGCACAAAGAAGUUAUGAAAGAUGCCAUUGUGAAAAGACUAAAAGAUCAGCUAUUUGUAGCUCGGUCGUACUACCCUAGCAUUGCCAAGCUGAAAGGGAAGGAGGCGCUGACUCGUGGUUUGAAGCAAAAUAUCCAAGAACACGAGAGAGUUCUCAGUGAGUCCAUUGUUGAUGCUGAUCUACCAUCCUUUAUCAAAAUCAAGAUAGAGAAGAUGGACCAAACAAUAGCAAGAGCUAAAGCAUGUACUGUUGAUUGUAACAAUGUCGACAGAAAGCUUCGCCAAAUACUUCAUAUGACAGAGGAUGAAGCUCAUUUUCAUAUGAAGCAGAGUGCAUAUCUUUACAAUCUUGGUGUUCACACGAUGCCCAAAAGUCAUCAUUGUCUUAACAUGAGGCUGACAGUAGAAUAUUUUAAGUCCACUCCAUUGGAUUCAGAUGAUUCUGCUGUGCAUAGGUUUAAAGUUCCAGACCAUAGACACUAUGUCAUAUUAUCUAAAAAUGUACUUGCAGCUUCUGUUGUCAUCAACUCAACCGUUAGUAAUUCUGAGGAGACCGAAAAUGUAGUAUUUCAUAUAUUAACUGAUGCUCAAAAUUUCUAUGCCAUGAAGCACUGGUUUGGAAGGAACUCCUACAGAGAGUCAGCUGUUCAUGUCAUAAACUAUGAGCAUAUUAUUUUGGAGAAUUUGCCUGAAUUUAGCACCCAGCAGUUAUAUUUACCAGAGGAAUUUCGUGUUUUCAUAAGUAAUCUUGAACGACCUACUGAAAAAACCAGAAUGGAGUAUUUAUCAGUAUUCAGUCACUCACAUUUCUUCAUCCCAGAAAUAUUAAAGGAUUUAAGGAAGGUUAUUGUGUUGGAUGAUGAUGUGGUGGUUCAACGUGAUCUCUCUUUCUUGUGGAAUAUUGAUAUGGGAGAUAAGGUCAAUGGUGCUGUCAAGUUUUGUGGUCUGCGAUUGGGACAACUAAGAAACCUUCUGGGUAAAACAACAUAUGAUCCACAGUCGUGUGCUUGGAUUUCUGGGGUGAAUGUGAUUGAUUUGGAGAAAUGGAGGGAGCAUAAUGUCACUGAGAAUUACCUUCAACUACUGAAAAAGUUCCAACGCAAUGAUGAUGAAGCUUCAGCGCGAACUGCAGUUUUGCCAAUAAGCUUGCUUGCCUUCGAACAUCUCAUAUAUCCUCUUGAUGAAACAUUGACUAUAUCUGGGCUUGGAUAUGACUAUGCCAUUAAAGAGGAAGUUGUCCAGAAUUCUGCAUCAUUGCAUUAUAACGGUAACAUGAAACCUUGGCUUGAGUUAGGUAUACCGGACUACAGGAAGUACUGGAAGAGGUUUCUUACACGAGAUGAACGAUUCAUGGAUGAGUGCAAUGUAAGUCCAUAGUGCACUUAAACCUCGGAGACAAAAUAUCUGACGGUAGAUUGCUACGUCUGCUGCUGUAUUAUAUACCUAGAGGGGACGAGCACUUCCAUUGAGGAAAAAAGGGCCAGGAAAGCAUUAUUAGCCACCAAUUUUGACAGAGUAGAUCCAGCACCAUCUGUUCAUUGAACUAGUGAGCUUGAUGGAUGGCUUUUCUACAGUUAGAGAAAUUAGUCUUAAGCUGAACGAUAAUGCAGUAGACAAUGAUGAUGAGUGGUAGUGAGGCUUCAGGUAAAGGGAGCAUCACUCUCACAGUCUAGAGUACGGGACAGAAUGAUCGGUGUUGGGCUGUGGAACCUUUAUUGAAAUUGGUACCUUGCGCCUCAUCGAUCCAGGUUAAUUCUUUUCUUUGUUGAAUUUUUUUGACACCCCAUGUUUUGUCCUGUCAAUAAGGGCAUACACAGGCUAAAUUCAAAUUCUUUGUUCUUAGAUGCACAUUGAUUGUUCAUCAUUUUUAUGAUGGAAAGUAUAUUUUGAUGUCAGAAACCCAUCAGUUACACAACGAGAUUGACAGAUAGAUGUUUGGAU